AAAAAAUCUUGUAUAUAAACAACAUACCGUCAUCAUCAUAUCUCCACAUCUCUCUCUCUCUCUCCCUCUCUCUCUCUAGGAGCUAUGGCUUCUUCAUCUUCUUCGUGGAGUCCUGUAUGUUUCUUGAGUGGUCUGCUGCUAAUGGCGUCGACGUCAAUGGCGGCUGCUCCACGGAAACCAGUGAACGUUCCCUUUGGUCGUAACUACGUACCCACCUGGGCUUUCGACCACAUCAAGUACAUCAAUGGCGGCUCUGAAACCCAACUCGUCCUCGACAAUUACACCGGGACAGGGUUUCAAUCGAAAGGCUCCUACUUGUUCGGCCACUUCAGCAUGAAAAUAAAGCUCCCGCCGGGUGACACAGCGGGCGUCGUCACCGCCUUCUACUUGUCGUCGACGAACAACGAGCACGAUGAGAUAGACUUCGAGUUUCUGGGGAACAGAACAGGAGAACCUCCGAUACUGCAGACUAAUGUCUUCACCGGCGGCAAAGGAGACAGAGAGCAACGCAUCUAUCUCUGGUUCGACCCUUCCAAGGCUUACCACUCCUACUCUGUUCUCUGGAACCUCUACCAGAUCGUGUUCUUAAUUGAUGACAUACCAAUCCGGGUAUUCAAGAACUGCAAGGACUUAGGUGUCCGGUUCCCAUUCAAUCAACCAAUGAAGAUAUACUCGAGCCUUUGGAACGCCGAUGAUUGGGCCACGAGGGGCGGUUUAGAGAAAACCAAUUGGGCAAACGCACCGUUCAUCGCCUCGUACCAAGGUUUCCACGUCGAUGGUUGUCAAACCUCGGUUGAGGCCAAAUUCUGCGCCACGCAGGGCAAAAUGUGGUGGGAUCGGGAAGAAUUCCGUGACCUCGACGCUUACCAAUGGCGUCGGCUCCGUUGGGUUAGGAAGAAAUGGACAAUUUACAACUAUUGUACGGACCGGUCUAGGUAUCCGGUUACGCCUCCGGAGUGUAAGAGGGACCGGGAUUUGUGAGGUGUGAUAUCUUUUGGUUGGCAAGGAGAGGUAAAAAAUUUAUCAUGAUGUGUUUUAUUGUUGAAAGAUUGUUUUAUUUUGUAUGUGACGUCUGUGCUUAUGUUGUAUGAUGUUUACUCGUGAUAUGAUGAUGAUGAUGAUGAUGAUGAUGAUGA